UUGAACAAUAAAAUGGUUUCUAUUCCCUCCCAUUUUCGUUGGGAGAUUUGUCAAACCAUGAUGAGUAAAAGUACUACUCAACAGGAUACCUUUGUUUGGAAAAAAAAGGAAGAGAAGCAUCGACAACGUGGAGAAACGAAAAUUCAGCCAGAAGAAGAUGAUAGGCUUCGUCAGUGGGAACUAAGACAGGAGUUAGAAAGGGCUAAGAGAAGAAGAAUGCUAAGGGAACAAGGGAAAGUGUUGCAAGACAAGGCAAAGGAACUAUCGUCGAGCAAGUCUGCGAAAGAAGAUAACGAGGAUUGGGAACUUCUUGAAGAAAUAUUUCACGCCGAGCAGAACUUGAAGAAGCAGGAAAUAAGGUUGAGUGAAAGUCGACCUCAGCUCGUUGACCUUUUAGCACAGAAUUUGAGGCUUGACCUGGAUCCCAAGUUCGUUUUAUUGAACCCGCCUUAUGCAUUAUUGGAGAAACUUCCAGUAGAGCGUUUGAAAUCGUUGAGAGACGAACUUGAAGACGAAAAAAGUUUUGCCAUUGCUUUGGCAACGCCCACAGCUAAAGGCAAACGUCGGAAUAGUGUUUUUGACUUGCUGCCGUUUUCGCCUACUGACUACUGGUCUGAUAUCUUGUCAGUUCUUGAUUUGGUUAAAACCAGACUGGAGCAACAGGUCACUCGAGAGCCGAGUUCAAACAACAAUGGUGACUCUUUUCAAGUCAUACAGGAGGCGUGUGCUUUUCUCGAAGAGAAAACUGUCGAAGAGUUGGAAGAGAUGAAGUUGGCUAUCGAAAAGGAGCUAAGCGAGGGUACGGCAGUUGACACGGAGUAUUGGGAAUUUCUUCUUCAAAAUAUUGAUAUAUUCAAAUCGAAAUUUUAUUUGCGCAAGAAGCAUAUUCAACUUUUACGGCAAAAAGUUAGUCUCGUUGACCGAAUUCUAGUCAGUAGAGAGCGUCCAAAUGAUGUCAGAUGUGAUGUAACGAGUGACUUGUCUUCCAAUCAAUUGCACAAACUAAAAGAGAGUAUUGAAGAAGUCAUCAAGAAGCUCCAAGCAAAUCCCAACGAUCCAACUAUUCAUGAUAUGGACGAAGUUUUUAUUGCACAGUUGAAACGGCUAGACAAUGCAAAUAUAUCCAACCAUUCAAUUGAUAAUGGAGAUAUAAAGAAGGAAGAGAUGCUUUUGGAACGAGAACGAGCAAAAGGAUUGGAGGAAGAUGAAGAAAUCUUUAUGGAUGAAGUAGAAUUGAAAGGGAGUGCUUCUUCGAGAUACACAUCAGAGGAUGCAAGCAAACCACGAAAGCCUAAAUAUUUCAAUAGAGUACUUGCAGGAUAUGAAUGGAACAAGUACAAUCAGACCCAUUAUGAUCAUGAUAAUCCUCCACCGAAGACAGUGCAAGGCUACAAGUUCAAUAUUUUUUAUCCCAACUUGGCUGAUCCAUCCAAAGCCCCAACUUAUGUUGUUGAGAAGACAGAUAAUCCUGAUAUUUGUAUCAUUCGGUUUUCUGCUGGGCCACCUUAUCAGGAUAUUGCAUUCAAGAUCGUAAAUCGUGAAUGGGAACGAUCCCAUAGGAAGGGUUUUAAAUGUUGCUUCGAAAGAGGUAUUUUACAUUUGUGGUUCAAUUUCAAAAAGUAUCGUUAUCGUAGAUAAUCGAAAAGGUCGUUGUAUCUUAUCUCGAAUGGCCUCACUGAAAGAAGUUGGAGACAGUCGUUUCUUGUAGUUGUAUAGAUUGCUUCUAAAAGCUCUUUAGUAUUGAGACAGGAGCAUGGACAUCUUUCUUUCGUUCGGUGUUCACUUUGUGGA